CCCCGGGGCGGCGUUCGCGGCCCCCUCCCACACGCCUGCUCCUCUUUUGGAGGCUGGCAUCGCCUGGCGAGGAGAAGGGAGCCGCCGUCCCUCCUGCGCAGAGCCAGCUAGGGAGCUGCGGGCAGCGGAGGAGGCCGGGCUCCGGGUCCCCCACCCGGGCGACCCCCUUCGCCAUCCCGGGACUCGCACCCCAGCCGCCCCCAAAGGACUGCGGAGCCUCCCCGGACAGCUCCUCGAUCCCCUGGGUCGGCCCCCCUCCCCGGCGCCCGAGCCCCAGGUGGGGAUCUCCCGUAUCCAACGUCCCCAACCCUCCGGGCACCUGGCUCAACCGGAGGCCCCCGGGUCCGGGCAGGGCAGGGCCGGCGACGGCGAGCCGGAGCCCGCCCAGCGCCCGAGCCCCGCUGAGCCCUCGGAGCCCACUCAUGGGGCCCCAGAUUCGCGCUCCCCCUCUCCCAGCCGCGCCCAGGCCGGCGCCCCGAGCUGCGCAGAGGAGAAGGAUCCGGAUCCGUGCGCAGUGACCGGGGAGCCCGCGGCGCAGACGCUGGGAGGCUCGGCGGCUGGGGCUACCGGCGGUUCCCCGCACCUGCAGGCGCUUCCCGGCAGCCCCCCGAGCCGUGCCAGAGGCCCGGCCCGCCGCUCCCAGCCCCGAGCCAUGAUGAAGACGUUGUCCAGCGGGAGCUGCACGCUCAGCGUGCCCGCCAAGAACUCGUACCGCAUGGUGGUGCUGGGCGCCUCCAGGGUGGGCAAGAGCUCCAUCGUCUCUCGCUUCCUGAACGGCCGCUUCGAGGACCAGUACACCCCCACCAUCGAGGACUUCCACCGCAAGGUCUACAACAUCCGGGGCGACAUGUACCAGCUGGACAUCCUGGACACCUCCGGCAACCACCCCUUCCCGGCCAUGCGCAGGCUGUCCAUCCUCACAGGGGACGUCUUCAUCCUGGUGUUCAGCCUGGAUAACCGGGAGUCCUUCGAUGAGGUCAAGCGCCUCCAAAAGCAGAUCCUGGAGGUCAAGUCGUGCCUGAAGAACAAGACGAAGGAGGCGGCGGAGCUGCCCAUGGUCAUCUGCGGCAACAAGAACGACCACAGCGAGCUGUGCCGCCAGGUGCCCAGCACCGAGGCCGAGCUGCUGGUGUCUGGAGACGAGAAUUGCGCCUACUUCGAAGUGUCGGCCAAGAAGAACACGAACGUGGACGAGAUGUUCUACGUGCUGUUCAGCAUGGCCAAGCUGCCGCACGAGAUGAGCCCGGCACUGCACCGCAAGAUCUCCGUGCAGUACGGCGACGCCUUCCACCCCCGGCCCUUCUGCAUCCGCCGCGUCAAGGACAUGGACGCCUACGGCAUGGUGUCGCCCUUCGCCCGCCGCCCCAGCGUCAACAGUGACCUCAAGUACAUCAAGGCCAAGGUCCUGCGGGAGGGCCAGGCCCGAGAGAGGGACAAGUGUGCCAUCCAGUGAGAGGGACGUCCCGCUGGGGAGAGCCUGGGGCAGUGCCUUCAGGGAGGCGGCCCGGGGGGGGGGGGUCCCGCUGCCCACGUCCCCCUCCGCCACGGGCGCCCCGUGGGACCAGCCGAGAGCCCCCGAGAUGCUCCGUCCACCCUCCUGCCUUCUUGUCACCGCACUGAGGCCUCUUGUCCCUGGCUCCCCGCGGCCCUGGCCUCCGCGGGAGGCCUGAUCUUCGAGGCCAGGAGGCCGCCGAUCGAGAGGCUCAAGUUCGAAGACACGUAGAUGCCGGAGAGGCCAGGGGCCGUGUGUCUCACGGAGCCUCCUGAAACUAAGUGGGACAGAAGCAACGUCGGACAGCCAGACGGCGAGGGGCGG